AUGCCUAUUGCAGCACAUUGCGAAAAAGGAUUAAGCUUUGAUGUGUUCAAAAGAGAUGCGCCAUGGAUUGAAUGCGAUUGUUAUUGCAUAGAGUCAAGCAAGGUGGCAUGGAGCAGUGGGAACAGUGUAAAGUACUAUGACUUGAAGAAGCAUGAAAUGAUUUUUGAGAUGGAUGUGGAUAUGCCGAGGGAGAUUAAGAUAUCUGAAGAUGGAGAGAAUGUAGGCAUACUAGCCAGCAAAGGAGAUCUUGUGCUUUUUGGAUGCCACGGGGUCAAGAUGAAGGCAUUUGGCGUAAGCAAGUUCAGGCUUUCGAAUGAUAUUUUGGCGUAUGCAUCAAAUGGAUCUUUCCUAAUCCAUAAGAUUGGAGAAGGAGCAAGUAAGGAGGCAUUCCACAACUCAAAGGUAUCUCUGCUUGACUUUUAUAUCAGUGGGGAGUAUGUAUUUCUUGCUACAAAGAAGUUGGAGAAAGAUGGAUGCCAUAAGAUUCUGAGGAUCGGAGAGAAUGUGCUUGAUGUUCUAUACAGCCUUCCGGUGCUUCAAGGAUUUUCGUUGAAGUCGAGUAGGACGAAGGAGCAGAUGCUGUUUCUACUGAUGACGUCGUAUGUGAACAACAGCUACUUUCCUGAGUCUGAUUUGUUUUUGUAUGACGGAGGCAGGAACAGAUUUGCGAGCCUUGGAUAUGCAGAUGUUCACUCUUAUGUUUUUCUGUCUGAUGGGUUUGCAGUGUGCCACGGAUCUCAGCCAAGCGAUGUGUGUGUGCAUGAGCUUGAUGGAAGAUUGAAAUACAAGUUUCCGGAGGGAGUGCGGAACAGGAUGUUUUUUAACCACCACGAGAACCUGGUGGUUUUUGCAGGGUUUGACAACCUGUCUGGAGACAUUGAGGUGUUCUGUGUUUCAUCACGAAGGCUGAUAUCGAAGUUCAAUGUUCUGGGCGCGUCAGUAGUGAACUGGAGCGAGAAUGGAUCGUAUUUUUAUGUAUCGACGACGAGCUACUUCCAAGAGGAUAACCGGACCACUCUGUAUGAUUAUUUUGGAAGGAUUAUUGAUGAGAGGAGCUUUGAUGCGCUGAUUUCUGUGAGUAUGUAUGGUGAUGCAGAAGUGUUUGUGAAGCUAACCCAGCCAAGUAAAUUGGCGAUUGAGGUUGAAAAGAAGUAUGUUCCGCCGUCGAUUCAUGAAUUUAGAAGCAAAGGGGCAGCAAGGGAAACGAGAGAUAGGAGGGAUCCAAGAAAAAGGGAUUCCCACGACGCAAAGAAUGUGCCAAGAAGCAUCGCGAAGCCAAAGGAAUGCACCAAGGAAAGCAUUUUGAAUGAUCUUGAUGAGAUUAUGUGUCUUAAAGCGAAGAUGAAGAAUGGGGAGGAGCUAUCGACAAAGGAGUUGAACUUGAUAUUGAAGGAGGCGAAGCUAAGGAGUGAUUUGAAGAAGAUUCAAGAAUGA